AUAUUAAAAAAAAAAAAGUUAGAGGCUGAGGACAACCUAGCAUAGCUCAAACCAGGAGACCAUCUUUUACGAGAUGGAACCAAGUACAAUGUCUGGGGUGAAAGACCUUUCUGUCCCUGCUUUCAGGUCAUUUACGGGACUCAUCGUGCCGAGUUGGACCAGCAGGCCUGGGGUGAUGAGGGGCCCCUGCUGCUUCUCCCUUACAUUAGGUGGCAGAAACUUACAGCCUCUGAGUCCCCUAAGGGAAGGUCAAGUGACACUUUGCUAUAUAAAUACUAGAGUUAUCUCUGAAGGCAAAGGGGUUUUCCACCAGUGAUUUUUGUUUUGUUUUGUUUUUAUAUCUUCAGCAGUAUCUCCCUUCAGAUUAGUAAGCUGGACAUGCCCACAAUUAGGCGUGUACCUGUCUUUAAAGAGGUAAGGUGCCUGUCAGUUGCCCUGCUAUGACCUCAGGUUCCAGAAUAUCCAGGCAGCAUUCCGUAGAAGAGCCGUUCCCCUCUGGAUCGCACCUACACUUAGAAUCAGCUUCCUGCCAAAGGGAAAGGAGAGCCCAGUGACCAGAGAACACCCAUCACUAUGAAUUGUUUCGGAAGUGACUUCUCGAAGCUUCCCGAGGAUAUGUGCUUACUCAAUAUACACUCUCCUCUGUCGCUUUCACUCAUAGCAUCUGAAGAUGAACAUUUUAUUUCCAACUGGAGGAGCCAUGUGCCAGCCCAGGCUGUGGUGAGGCAGCCUGUCCGGGGAGCCAGAGGCAGGACCGCGGUCACAGCCAUUGUCCAGACGGGUGGGGACUGGAGCACCAGCCUCUUCAGUGUCUGCCGAGACAGGAAAAUUUGUUUCUGUGGCCUGUUUUGUCCUGUGUGUCUUGAGUGCGACAUCGCCAGGCAUUACGGAGAGUGUUUUUGUUGGCCGUUGUUACCUGGGUCCACCUUUGCGCUAAGAGUUGGCACCAGAGAGAGACACAAAAUAUGGGGCACACUGUGUGAGGACUGGCUGGCCGUGCACUGCUGUUGGCCUUUGUCCAUCUGUCAGCUGGCCCGGGAGCUCAAGAUGAGGACCUCCCAGCUCUAUGAAAUCUCAGAAGCCCCUUCAACGAAGGACACCUUUAUCUGA